GCAUGAAGCAUAAGCACCCCGCUUCAUUUUACUCCAAUAUGAGAACCGUAAGAAAGCGGUCCGAAUUGUGAAGGUCAGUGCAAGAAUACAAACAUUUGCUGGCAUUCGGAUCAAACAUACCUUCCCUCUUCACUUCCUUCACCUCAUCUUAUCCAGCCCUUGUACGAAAAGUUGUGAAAGAUGAGCCCUGACAAACACUUUUAUCCUCUUCGCUCUUCUGAAUCUGCUCAUCCUAUCCGUCGAAUUAAUACUCGCGGUGUGGAACAAGCUCGUGUUCAAGAAUUCAAUAGCGAUCAAUGGUCGAAAUGGAAUAUCAAUUCUGUUUUAUUCGAAGACAGAAGGGAUGAUGAAGAAGUGAUCAAGAUGGGACUGUGGGUCCCAAAAACAGGUACAAAACCUAGCUUUGAGGAAGCAAUCAAACAUGAAUUUGAACCUGUAAAGAAAGGUCAAAAAUUCGGUCCAAGUUGGUCAAAUCAUUGGGUCAAAAUUGAAAUCAAUGUACCAGCCGAAUGGCGUGACAAAGACUGGGUUCAACUUGAAUUCGAUCCAAGCUGUGAAGCAAUGGUAUUCGAUCAACAUGGUCUGCCUUUACAAGGAAUCACAGGAGGUUGGGACGGUCGCAGAGUCGAUUUCCCACUCAAGCCAGAGGUGCGCAAGGGUGUUUUAUACUACAUUGAGGUGACAUGUAAUGGAAUGUUUGGGAUCGGUAAUUUCAGAGAAGGUGAUCCUGAUCCGGACAGAUACUUUGAAUUGGCAUCAGCUGCAGUUGUUGUCAAAAGACCUGAGGCAUGGCACUUGCUGUGGGAUUACUUCCUCUUGCAAGGAUGCAUUCGUGAAAUGCCAAAGGAUACCGUCUUACAAAAUCAAGCAUUGUAUGUGAUGAAUCAAAUCCAAAACACAUUCCGCAACAAUGACUUGUCCACAAUUGGAAAAUGCCGUAAAAUCGCAGAAGAAAUUUUGGGCAAAGAUUGGUCCAAGAAGGGUUCCAAAUUAUACCAAGAAGGAAAUGUCUUCCACAAGGAUGAUCACAAGAUCUGGGCAGUCGGUCAUACACACAUCGAUUCAGCAUGGCUUUGGCCUUUCUCUGCAACUCAACAAAAGAUUGCUCGUUCUUGGAGUACUCAAAUGGAUUUGAUGGACCGUUAUCCUGAAUACAAGUUCGCUGCAAGUACAGCACAGCAAUACUGGUGGCUGGAACAACUUUACCCGAAGCUCUUUUCAAAGUUGCAAAAGUAUGUCAAAGAAGGCCGCUUCAUUCCGGUCGGUGGUACUUGGGUGGAGAAUGAUGCUAAUUUGCCAAGUGGUGAAGCAUUUGUACGACAAUUCUUAUACGGACAACGAUUUUUCAAAUCUCGAUUUGGCUCGAGAACGAACAUUUUCUGGCUUCCGGAUACAUUCGGUUAUAACAGUCAAAUUCCACAAUUGGCACGCUCGUGUGGCACAGAAUAUUUCUUCACUCAAAAAUUGAGUUGGAGUAACAUUAACAGAUUCCCUCACAAUACAAUGAUGUGGACAGGUUUAGAUGGAACACAGAUCAUUACCCAUAUGACACCCGUCAACAACUAUGACAGUAUGUGUGGUGUAGACGACAUCCGCAGAGGUAUGACAAACAACCAAGACUUGAACGUUCAACCAACUGCGCUCCUGCUCUACGGAAAAGGUGAUGGUGGCGGUGGUCCCAAUGAAGUCAAUAUUGAAAACCUUCGCCGUGCUCGUGCUACGUACAACAAUGGCUACACUGACAUGCCAAAGGUUGGCUCUGAUACAUCUCCUUUGGAAUUCUUUGAGAAUAUUCGCAAGAUUACCAACGAUGGAGAAAAGCUUGCAACAUGGAAUGGUGAAGUGUAUCUUGAAUUCCAUCGGGGUGUAUACACGAGUCAUGGUAGCAUCAAACGUUGGAACAGAAAGUUGGAGAUUCUCUUGCAUCAGUUGGAGUGGGUUGCAACAAUGGCAAGCUUGCGUUCUUCUGAUUACAAGUAUCCCAAGGAAGAGAUCGAUCACCUUUGGGAGCCUUUCCUCUUGUGCCAAUUCCACGAUGUCUUGCCUGGAUCAUCUAUCCGUAUGGUGUAUGAUGAUGCAGAGGGCAUUUAUGCGGAUGUAAAUGCAAAGGCAAUGAAAUUGCUACAGAAAGCAACAUCAAUCUUGGGAUCGGGUAAUGGUCAAGCCAUUCCUGUCGCUAUCAACACCCUUGCUGUCCCAAGAAGAGAGUUGGUUCACAUUGAUACAAAGGCAUUGUCAGUUGCAUCUAACAAGGAUGCACUUCUGGCUAGUGCCGUUCAGCAGACAUCUGAUGGUGUUUUGCUCUUGCUGGAAGAUGCAAAAGGAUCCGGUACUGCAAAGCCAUCUCCAUCGCCUGCUAGCGUCAUGCGCACCGUAGAGGCUGUUCAAGUUGAAGAGACCGCUCAUGGCUCAUUCGCUAUGCGUAACAAUGCUGUUUCUAUCAAUUUGAAGGACGGCAGAAUCAACAGUGUGCAAGUGUUAGCCAGUGAUGGCAAUUGGUUAGAAUUGAUUGCUUCGGGAAGAACUGCCGGCCUUUCUAUUUGUCAAGAUUUCCCAACAUCAUACGAUGCAUGGGAGACAGAAAUCUACGCAACAGACACAACUGAAGAAUUGCAAUUCAACACUGCUCGCAUCACAGAGCGUGGUCCAUGGCGCGCGGCUAUGGAGCUGGAUUAUAAGUUUGGCCAAAGUUCCGUAACGAUUGCUUUGAGCUUGGAUGCUAUUCCUGCAUCUAACUUGGCUGCUGCAAGUGGAAGCCAAUCUGCUGCUAAGCUUGCUCGCUCUUUGAUCAAUUUCGAUGCCAAGGUUCAUUGGAUGGAGAAGCAUAAAUUCUUACGCUUUGAAAUUCCAACGAUCUUGCGUUCCGACUCUGCUUCUUAUGAGACGCAGUUUGGUAUCACGAAACGUCCCACAUACCGCAAUACAACCUGGGAUGCUGCCAAAUUUGAGGUGUGUGGACACAAAUUCUCCGAUUUGUCCGAAUCUAGCCUUGGUUUGGCCAUCGUUACGGAUUCCAAGUACGGCUAUUCCGUUGAAGGUGGUUUGAUGCGCUUAUCACUUUUGAAGGGCGCCACUUAUCCAGAUGCACAUCAAGAUGAGGGUGAUCACAUUAUCAAAUUUGGACUGUAUCCUCACUUGAACGUCUUGGAAGCAUCUGAUGUGGUUCAUGUAGCACGAAUCUUUAAUGAGCCAUUGCAAUUUGGUGAUGGACUCUUGUCUUACUCAGUUGCAGAACAAGCACUUGAAACAGAAAUGCCUUUCACACUUGAUGUGCCCCGUGCCGGUGUACCGCAAGCUGUAGUAUUUGACACGAUCAAGCGAGGUGAAGACGAUUUCGAAUACUAUGGACAAAAAGCUAGCGGUGAGACUACGGUCAUCGUUCGACUAUACGAAUCUUUGGGCAGUCAUGCCAAUGUGGUCAUUAACUGUAAGCACUCAUUCAAGUCUGUUACCCGUGCAAAUAUGUUGGAAGAUGAUCAAGAAGACUUGGACUCAAGUUUGCAGGUUCGAAACACAUCUGAUGAAGGACAAAAGGUCGCUUUGAAACUUCGACCAUUUGAGGUUGUCACCCUGAAGUUCCGUCUCUAAACUCUAUCUUUAAUUAACGAUCAAUUCAUUACUGUGCAUAAAUGACAUUUU